GACACUUUCACUGUCAGGAGAAUAAACAGCCGCGGAGCAGGAAUGAAGCCUUCAGCCUCAUAAACCAGGCCUGUUGGACUGUUCCAGGUGUUCAGAGGAUGCAUACGACACGCAGCCCUUCGUCCAUCCCCUCAGGAGUCCCAGGAGACGCUCUGGACCUGAGCCUGUCGGGGUCCCAGCUCUCCAUGUCCAGGAGGCCCAGGAGCGCCUCUCCUGGGAAAUACUUCUCCCGCUCCGUGUCCGUGUCUGUGGCCAGCGACAGCAGAGGGAAACGCAACACGCUGAGCGACGCCAGCUUCAGCAGCUCCCGCUCCAUCAAGAACCUGAGGCGCUCCAACAGCACCACCCAGGUCAACCAGCAGGCCCACCGCAGUCAGGAGCAGAGCGAGGACUACCUGGCUCUGUUCGACAGCAGCUCUGAUGGACGCAAGAAACUGGCGAGUCUCAGCAAAGCUUCACCGGACAGAACCACCUGGAACAUCCUGGACGACCAGCCCAGAACCUUCCCUCCUCACUCCAGCUCCCUCAGCACCGGCAGCGUGGACUCUCCCACCGGCCCCAAGAGGAGAGAGACGGGCAUCGCUCUGGCUGCUACCUUCACCGCCAACAACAGGAGCAACAAGGGAGCGGUGGGGAACUCUGUCACCACCAUCCUGCACAACAACUACUCUGAGAAGCCGCUGACGCCCAAGAGCUCCAACCAGAGACCCUCCUUCAACAACAUCCUGAAGGCCACAGCCAACGACGAGGUGUCACAAGACAACAGCUCGCUCACUAAGUCCCAGAAGAACUUCUCCUCUGCGUCUUCCGCCUCAAACAACAGGUCUCCGGUGUCGGCGCAGCGCGGCAGCCCCGUCCCGUCCCGCCGCAGGGAGGUGACGGAGGAGGAGGCGGAGAGGUUCAUCCAGCAGGUGAACCAGGCCGCCGUCACCAUCCAGCGCUGGUACAGACGCCACGCCCACAGAAAGCACGCCAACCAGGCCGCGCUCAAACGACUCCUCGCCAGUAAAAGAAAGGAGUGGGAGGAGAGGACGGAGGAGGACAGACGUCUGGAGCAGCAGCAGAAGAAGGACGAAGACAGGAAACGCAUUCGUGAGGAGAAAGCUCGCCUGGCCCGCCUGGCUGCCAUCCAGGAGCUGCAGCAGCAGAGAGCCCAGCGGGGUGCAGAGGUGCAGCCUGCAGCUGAGGUGCAGCAGGACGGUGUGAGGCAGGCUGCUGCAGCUGGACGCAGCAGGAAACCUCCCAGGAUCUCUCUGAGCAACAAGAGUCCAGCCUCCCCGAGCAACAACAGCCCCCUGUCCCCCACAGACCUCAAGGCCAAGAACACAGACUCCAACCUGAACGUGGUGGCUGACCUCGGGGAGCUGACCUUCAGAGCCGUCUCUCCUGCUCCCUCCAACCACAGGAGCUCCCAGUGUUCUCAGGAUCAGGAGGACAGAGUGGAGACAGACGUCUGUCCCGAUCAGCAGCAGCAGAGCGACAGGAAGUUAAUCCGUAAAGAGAAAGCUCGAUUGGCCCGCCUCGCUGCUGCACAGGAGAGCUCAGAGGAGCUGCAGCAGCAGAGAGCCCAGCGGGGUGCAGAGGUGCAGCCUGCAGCUGAGGUGCAGCAGGACGGUGUGAGGCAGGCUGCUGCAGCUGGACGCAGCAGGAAACCUCCCAGGAUCUCUCUGAGCAACAAGAGUCCAGCCUCCCCGAGCAACAACAGCCCCCUGUCCCCCACAGACCUCAAGGCCAAGAACACAGACUCUAAUCUGAAUGUUGUGGCUGAGUUCAGUGAGCUGUCCAGCUUCAGAGCGGUGUCUCCUGCUCUGUCUCACUGCAGAGGCUCCCAGUGUUCUCAGGAGAUCCUGCAGCGCUCCGUGAGCGUGGAGGACCAGAGACAGGGAGCUCUGUCCAGCAGGGCUCAGUCCAAAACCACCCUGAACGAGCUGCUGGACACCCUGAAGCUGCUGGAGGAGGAGCCCCAGAGGCUGACGGAGCCCAAGAGCUACAGGAAGGAGAAGUACGCCUGGAUCGACGAGGACGGAGACUCCACCUCUCUGACCACUGAUAACCUGGAGCGCCACGGCCAGCUGAGCCUCCACCCGGCGCUGCCUGACGGGGGCGCUCUGCUGUCCGAAGCCAAGCUGCAGAGCAUCAUGAGCUUCCUGGACGAGAUGGAGAAGUCUGAGCAGGAGAGGCCUCGCUCCGUGACCUCGGGGUCUCACCGAGAGGCCGUGAUGUCGGAGGAGGAGCUGGGCGGCGUGGAGCAGGCGUCCGCCACCGCCGCCGAGCUCAGUGGCUCCAUGAUGAGGAUCAAACUGGAGCUGGAGGAGAAGAAACGCACUGUGAACAUGCUGCAGACGGCUCUGGCCCAGCAGAGGGAGCUGACAGUCAGACAUGUGAAGGAGACGGAGAAGGAGCUGAACAGGAGCUUCCAGCAGCAGAAGGAGCAGUAUGAAGCCACCAUCCAGAGACACCUGGCCUUCAUCGACCAGCUGAUCAAUGAUAAGAAGGCUCUGAGCGAGCGCUGUGAAGGCGUGCUGGGAGAACUGAAGCAGGUGGACCAGAAGUACACCAAGAAGAUCUCCCAGAUGCAGGAGCAGCACGACAUGGUGUGGCAAAUUCUGGGUCCCUUGUGUGAGGAGAUCAAGAAGCUGAAGGAGCUGAUGAGUGCUACAGAGAAGAUCCGGAGGGAGAAAUGGAUUGAUGAGAAAACCAAGAAGAUCAAAGAGAUCACAGUGAAAGGUCUGGAGCCAGAGAUCCAGAAGCUGAUCUCCAAGCACAAACAGGAGCUGAAGAAGCUGCGGACGCUGCACGAGGCGGAGCUGCUGCAGGCGGACGACCGCGCCGCGCAGCGAUACGUCCGGCAGACUGACGAGCUCCGGCUGCAGCUGGAGAGGGAGAAGGAGGAGCAGUGUCAGAGGGAGAGGGAGCUCGCCAAGCAGAGGUAUGAGAAGCAGCUCCAAGAAGAGGAGCUGUCCCUGCAGCAGCAGAGGAGGCGUCUCUAUAAGGAGGUGUCUGAGGAGAAGGAGAGGCUAGCCCAGCUGGCUGCACGGCAGCGUGCUGAGCUGGAGGACCUGCGCAGACAGCUGGAGGAGAACAGCUCUCUGGCUGGACGAGCUCUCAGAGACGAGCUGGACAAGAGCAGAGAGGAGCAGGAGAGGAGGCACCAGGUGGAGAUGAAGACGUUACAGGAGCGUCUGGACAUUGAGAAGCAGACGUGGGAAGAGAACUACAAGAAGAAAGAGGAAGCCUGGCUGCUGAGCCGCGAACGCGAGCUAAAAGAAGAGCUGCGGCGAGAACGAGACAAAGAGAUCGAACUCGCCAUCUGGACGCUGGAGGAGGAAACGAGCAAGGACAAGGAGGAGUGUGAGAGAGCAGCAGACAGCAGGGUGAAGCGUGUGAGGGAGAAGUACGAGUCUGAGCUGAGGGAGCUGGAGCACUCGGAGCGCUCUGCGGUGGAGAAGCAGCAGGAGCUGAGGAAGCUGCAGGUGGAGACGGAGGGAGAGCUGAUCAGACUGCAGGCGCUGCUGAGACAGAAGGAGCAGGAGGCAGAGGACGUCACACAGACGCGGGACAAGCUGGUGGAGGAGCGGCGGCGCCUGGCCGAAGUCAUCCGGCAGGAGUUCGCCGAGCGGCUGGUGGUGACGGAGGAGGAGAACCGCAGGAUGAAGGUGGAGGUGUCAGAGGUCAGAGCCAGGCUGAGGCUGGAGGUGGAGAGGGUCAGCAGGGAGAAGGAGGAGGAGCUGGCCGAGGUGCACCAGAGAGUGAAGUCUGCCAUCCUGAAGAAAGAAGAGACUGUCAGUAACCUCCGGAAGCAGCAUGAGGCGGCUCUGAAGAGGGCCGACCACCUGGAGGCUCUGUGGGAGCAGCAGAGGAAGCAGCUGCUGGAGAAGUGACCCCCCCUCCUCACCCCCCCAGCAGGACUCAACCUGCAGCGCCUGAAGGUCCAACAAGUCUCUGAACCUUCUACCUCAUCUGACAAACACAACACUGGGGAAAUGCACUGGGCCACGCACACACACACACACACACACAUAUACACCCCGCCCCCCAGGCAUGAAGCAGCGUGUGUUUUGUGACUUCUCUAAUAGAAAAGUCUCAGACCAGGAGGUUCAGAGGAACAUACUACGGUUCUACUCCCCAUUCUUCUCCUUCUUCUCCUUCUUCUCCUUCUUCUCCUUCCUCUCCAGAGGAGUAACUCAGUGUGGGCCCCUCCCCCCUCCAUGUUCCCACAGAGCUGCCACAGAAAACACUUCCAGAUGUUUCUGGGAGGCCCCGGCUGCUGUAAACUGGAGAGGGUUGGUUGGGGGUUGGGGGGUGCAGCCGGAGAUCAGUCAGCGUCAGAGCUGUGGAUCCGUCUGCAGCGGGUCCGGGUCCUGCAGCAGGCCCGGGUCCUGCAGCAGGUCCGGGUCCUGCAGCAGGUCCGGGUCCUGCAGCAGGUCUGGGUCCAGGUCCUGCUGUCCCCCUGUUAUCUGCUGAGUUUUGUGUGUUUUUCCUCGGUGUCCCUCAGGGCAGAACUAAUUACAGGACGAGUCCGCUGCCUCGCUGCAGACGCUCACUCCCUCUCUGCUGAUUGGCACGUGUAGAAAACCAAAAACUGAUCCAACAGAGUCAGAAGAGACGUAGAGAUGCAUGUUAGAGAGAAAGAGGGGACAGGACGCAAGUUAGAGGAACAGAGAAGAGAAGACGGUUGAUUGUAGAGCAGCUUGGAAGGUUUCUGAAUGUUAGAAAGAGAAGAGAAGGAAUGUUUAUAGAAAAUGUUUUUAGGAUUAGAGGAGAAAGAGAAGAGACAGAGGAGAUGGAGAGGAGACAGAGAGAGGACAGAGAGGGGACAGAGAGAGGACAGAGAGAGGACAGAGAGAGGACAGAGAGGAGACAGAGAGGAGACAGAGAGGAAACAGAAAGAGGAGACAGAGGGAGGACAGAGGAUACAGAGAGGAGACAUAGGGAGGACAGAGAGGAGACAGAGAGGAGACAGAGGGAGGACAGAGCUGCUCUGUGGGACAAACACAGAAAACUCAGCAACAGCACAGCUAACAUCUGAACCUGACAGCUGCACACACACACACACACACACACACACACACACUCUCACUCUCUCUCCCUCUCUCCCUCUCUGUCUUUCUCUCUCUCUCUCUCUGACGUUCUGCUGAGCCCCAGUAUAUUUAUUCCUCCUCUCUUUAUUUAUUUCUGACCUUCGUCAUGUUUCUGCUCACAGAUUUUUAGUGUUUAGUCUCUGAUCAGAACUCUGUGAACUUUGCUGUCAGUAGACGGUUUGAUCAGUACGUCAGGUUCUUCUGACAUGAAGGAGUCCCAGAACCAUGGGACGGCUCAUAUGAAGGGUAGCACCACAGCUUUAUGGGUAAUGUAGUUAGUGAAGGCACAUCAGCCACCAGAUAUUAUAUAAACCAGACAGAGUGAUUCAGAAAGGCAGCAGUCACACACACACUACCUGAGGACUGGACUCUGAAAGUCUGAAAGGCUCUGGUGGACUCUGGAGGACUCUGUUGGACUCUGCUGUACUCUAAAGGACUCUGGUGGACUCUGGUACAGUCUGCUGUACUCUAAAGGAUUCUGUUGGACUCUGGUAGAGUCUGCUGUACUCUAAAGGACUCUGGUGGACUCUGGUACAGUCUGCUGUACUAUAAAGGAUUCUGUUGGACUCUGGUAGAGUCUAAUGGACUCAAGUGGACUCUGAAGGACUCUGAAGGACUCUGUAUGACUCUGCCGGACUCUGAAGGACUCUGGUGGAUUCUGAAAUUCUUUGGUGGACUCUGUUGGACUCUAAAAGACUCUGUUGAACUCUAGUGGACUCUGCUGGACUGGUCUGGUCCUGGGCAGAGCGUGCUGUGUGCUGUUGGCCCGUCUACAAGUGCCAACCAGCCUGGCUUUGUGUGUGUGUGUGACUCCACCAGGGUCACCUCAGGUCACAAUGGGAGGAAUGGUGGCACACACACACACACGUUCCCAUUGUGUAGUUUUAUAAUCUUUGUAUAAACCGUUCCAGCUGUGUCCUGAUGUUCUGAUGUAGGAUCAGUUCUUGUUGGUUCAUAAACUGUGAAAGAUUCUGAUGAUCUGAUCUGAGAUCUGAUCGUCAGCAACCAGAAUAAAGAGACUGCAGCAACACA